AUGUCGAUGUUCCGUGCAAAGAAGCUCGAUCUGGGAUGUUUCGUCAACAUCCGGACGAUUCGUGACCACACGAAGCGCCAGGUCUUUAUGCAGAACGAGCCAGAGAGACAAGCUCUCCGAUAUAUUAUCCAAAACACGACGCUUCCCGGCCGUGUGCGCGCCGAGGCGCAGCUUCAGCUGGGUCAGAUGCACUGCUACACCCGGCCGACGCAGAUCAAGAACCGAUGCAUCUUGGGUGGCAAGGCCAGGGGUGUCUUCCGCGACUUCAAGAUGACGAGGUUCAACUUCCGCAUGCAAGCGUACGAGGGGAACAUUCCCGGCGUCAAGAAGGCCAGUUGGUAA